AUGGACUUAGUGAGAAAGGCUCUGAACGAGACACACACCAGCUGCAGCUUCGUACUGACGCCUGCCAGCUCCUACACACCUUCCUGCAACUGCCAGUGGGACAAAGCAGGCCUGGGGCCACCCUGCAGGUCGAGGGGGACCACAGUUCCGCUCUGUGGAUACGUGUUUGGGGAAUCCAGAUGGCAAAAUCAAAGAGGGGUGGGCCCUGGCAGCAUCCCUGAGCCCCAUAACUCUCCCCAACACUCUUCCUCCUCUGCCCUUUCUGUGCCCCAUGGUUGGGGCAAGUUCCACCAAGGGGCAUUCUAUGCCGACAUCACUGGAAAGGGCUCCGAGUCCCUCUUGCAGUCCGGAUUUGGGAUGAAGGGGCAUGAGGGAGGAAUUUGGGAAGCACUGCUGUCUGCUGUGCGGAUCAACGGGGAUGGACAGGAGGUCCUGUACCUGGCAGAAGGUGAUAAUGUGAGGCUGGGCUGCCCCUACGUCCUGGACCCUGAGGACUAUGGUCCCAAUGGGCUGGACAUCGAGUGGAUGCAGGUCAACUCAGACCCCGCCCACCACCGAGAGAAUGUGUUCCUUAGUUACCAGGACAAGAGGAUCAACCAUGGCAACCUUCCCCAUCUGCAGCAGAGGGUCCGCUUUGCAGCCUCAGACCCAAGCCAGUAUGAUGCCUCCAUCAACCUCAUGAACCUGCAGGUAUCUGACACAGCCACUUAUGAGUGCCGGGUGAAGAAGACCACCAUGGCCACCCGGAAGGUCAUUGUCACUGUCCAAGCACGACCUGCAGUGCCCAUGUGCUGGACAGAGGGCCACAUGACAUAUGGCAACGAUGUGGUGCUGAAGUGCUAUGCCAAUGGGGGCUCCCAGCCCCUCUCCUACAAGUGGGCCAAGAUCAGUGGGCACCAUUACCCCUAUCGAGCUGGGUCUUACACCUCCCAGCACAGCUACCACUCAGAGCUGUCCUACCAGGAGUCCUUCCACAGCUCCAUAAACCAAGGCCUGAACAAUGGGGACCUGGUGUUGAAGGAUAUCUCCAGAGCAGAUGAUGGGCUGUAUCAGUGCACAGUGGCCAACAACGUGGGCUACAGUGUUUGUGUGGUGGAGGUGAAGGUCUCAGACUCCCGGCGUAUAGGCAUGAUCAUCGGCGCCGUCCUGGGCUCUCUGCUCGCGCUUGGCUGCCUGGCCGUAGGCAUCUGGGGGCUCGUCUGCUGCUGCUGCGGGGGCUCCGGGGCUGGCGGCGCCCGCGGUGCCUUCGGCUACAGCAACGGCGGCAGGGUCGGCGGAGGGGCCUGCGGCGACUUGGCUAGUGAGAUCAGAGAGGACGCCGUGGCGCCCGGGUGCAAGGCCAGCGGGCGCGGCAGCCGCGUCACUCACCUCCUGGGGUACCCGACGCAGAACGUCAGCCGCUCCCUGCGCCGCAAGUACGCGCCUCCGCCCUGCGGUGGCCCCGAGGACUUGGCCCUGGCGCCCUGCACCGCCGUCGCCGCCUGCGAAGCGGGCCCCUCCCCGGUCUACGUCAAGGUCAAGAGCGCGGAGCCGGCAGACUGCGCCGAGGGGCCGGUGCAGUGCAAGAACGGCCUCUUGGUGUGAGCGCGCGCGCCGGGCCGGGCUGCGCCCCAGCCGGGAGGAGGGCGUGGGGCUCUCUGUCCGCAGCUGGGGACACGUCGGGGCUGGGGUCGACCUCGCUCUCCCCAGGCUGCCGGGCGGCUGGGGGUGAAGGCAUUUCCCUAAGGAAGUGCGUAGGGAGGCAGAGCCUCCUCCCCAAAAGUGGGAAGGGGCGGGCGAGGGCGGAGGAAGGCGAUCCUGAACCUUCUCCGCACCCCCGGGACCGAAGGCUUGGGGGAGAGGGAGGGAGGAGGAGGCUGGUGUCCUAGAGCGGCUGAGGCCGGAGGCCUGGUGUCCCCAGCCUAAGCAGAGGGCCCCGGGGGCCGGGUGGGUGGGGGUCUGUCUGGACGAAUUGUUCUGUGUGUGAGGUCUGAGCUCUGAGGCAGCAGUGUUAGCACAAUAAAGAAACAUUGAGACGUGAGUCCGAAAUGGCUGUCCGCGUUCCACGGAGGUUGGGCACGGGGUGGCGAGCCCUGCCCAGGGCCGGGAGGGUUGCUUCUGUCGCUCGCUUCGACCCCGCCCCCUCUCCUCCCUCCUUCUGCUUAGAUCCCUGGCAGUCAGAGCUGGAAGGGGCCAUCCAGGGCUACUCCUUUGAACAACACACAAAGUGCAGAUAAAAGGAAAACAAAGGCAAAAAGAAUUAGCUCAGAAUAUCUAUGACCGUAAAAUAAACUGAGGAACUGACAAAGUGCAAUACACUUGCCAUUUCUAAAUAUUCAAAGUUUUCACGUCAAGAUUUUCUAUUGAGAAUAAUGUGCUGUGAAGGUCUAGGGAGUCUUUGUAUGUUGUUGAAAGCUAAAAGGAAACUAAUCUUUGGAGCACAGAAGGCACAGGCAUCCGGUGAGACAGAAACAAGGACAUGUGAAAAGAAGACUACCAUCUCUUAUAUUAAAAAAACUAAGUGCCACAGUUUUAGGGUGCUGGGUGAAGUGCAGGAAGGAGGGGGAAUAAUAUUUAUGUAGCAUAUAUUAUGGAACUCGGAGAGUAUGGUAAAUCCCUUCACCUAGAUGCUGCUGGUGUUUUAGAACAAUUAUUUUUGUGGUCCUUUUUUUUUUUUCACUUGUCUGCAGUUGGUCAACUUGUGCAGAGCCCAUUCUGCAGGAGAUGUUUGAGAAAUACCAAGUGAAUGAAUGCGGCAGCAUUACUUUAUGCUAGAAAAAAAGUUUUUAGAUAUUUUACAGUUACUGCCUUAUGAUGGAAUAUUCUGUGGUGACAAUCUAGGCCUUUCUGA